CCCCUCCCUGAGCUCCCAUUCUAAAUCUUCAUCCCUCCUCCCAGGUCCCCCAGCCCUGCACUGCCCUGAAUAAUUUAUGAGUCUAAGAAGGCCUUAUAAAAGGGUCUCCAAGGAAAGCCCAGAAGAAUGCAAGAGGUUCUGAGAAAUAGGAGCCCCUACAGCCUGCCUGGCUUCCAAUCCCCUAAGGAUGGACUCUUCUGUUCCUGCUGCUGCCCCUGUCCCAGCCCUGGCCCUGGUCCUAGCUCCAGCCCUCCCGCAGGCCCCCCAGGCACUCCCUGGCUUAUUAAGUCCAUCACCACUUGCUUCCAGACAGCAUGUAGGUGGCAGUGAAAGAGGAGCUUGCCUUUGGAGGCCCUGGCUGUCCUCUACAAAUGACCCACCAACGGAGGUGAGGAAACUCAUAGACUCGGCUACUGGUGGGGCAACAGGUGCCAAAGUCACCAAGGCUAACUCCGAGUUCCAUCACCCUGUCAGGUUCUUCUGGCCUAAAUCCCACUCUUUUGACUACCUGUACAGUGAUGGGGAGAUUCUGCUGCAGAACUUCCCUGUCCAGGCCACCAUCAAUCUACAUGAGGACUCAAACAGUGAAGAGGAGGAGGAAGAGGAGGAGGAGGAGGAGGGAGAAAAGGACAAAGAAGAGGAGAAAAAAGAGAAGGCAGAUGAAAAGGGGCUGGAAGAGUGUGUGAGGGCACCACACAUAGCCACAGCUCAUCCUCCUUCCCCACUCUUGAUGUGCCCAAACUGAACCGGUCAGAGUCUGAUUGGGGUUUAGUAUGCUUGGCAAGCCUCUAGAGCAUCAGUUUGACAGGAAUCUCCGGAUAUAGCCCUCUGUAUUGAAAGUUGGGUUCUUGAGUCAACAGGUCACUCUGGCUAUAUUCAACUGGCCUAUGAACAUAGACCUCGGGCACCUCAUUGUCUGUGUUGCUGUUGUGUUGAGUGAGAAGGUCCAAGGAGCUCUAGGGGAAGACUUGCUUUCCGAAGUCCCCUGGAAGCAGAUCAAGACAAUGCAUGCCCAUGUGGAGAGGAACAGUUACUCUUUGUUGCUGGCGGGGGGAAUCUUUGACUCCCCAGCAUUCCAGCUGGCCACAGAGUCCUGUCUCCCCACAGAAAGCCUGACAUCUGGCUUCACCUCCAGGGAUACAACCAUCAGAUACAAGUAAAGUUGAGGCACCUCUCUGAUGGGCCUUGCAGGAAAGGAAAGGGGCAUCUAGAAAAUCAGCUUGCUUUGAGGGCCUCCCUCCAUUUUGCCUGCUAUCGAUUGGGGUCUGUGUGUUGGUAUGAAACUAAUCAGGAGAAAAAUAAACUAGAUGAUGUGUGCUCUUUUCCUGGAA